GCAGUAGUUGUGAAUCAAAUCGAAGAAGAAAAACAGGCAAGGUCGUCAACGUCGUCGUCGUCGAAGUUGUCUCAGUACAAAGCCAAUAGUCAACACAAGCAACAUGGAUGUGUUCCUGAUGAUUAGAAAACACAAAACUACCAUCUUCACGGAUGCCAAAGAGAAUACAUCGGUGGGCGAACUAAAGCGUAUGCUGGAAGGUAUUUUAAAAGUUAAACCAUCAGAUCAACGUUUAUUCAAUCAAGACAAUGAUAUUAUGGAAGAUGACAAUACUUUGCAAGAUUAUGGCAUCACAAUGUCAACAGCUAAGGCGCAAGCACCAGCUCAAUUAGGUUUGGCUUUAAGAAAGGAGAAUGGCGAAUUUGAAACCCUUGAUAUUACACCCUAUUCAUCACCACCAGAUUUACCAGAAGUUAUGAAAAAUCAGGAAGCAGCAAAUGGCAAAGAACAGGUGGCAUAGAUAGAUAUAU